AUGUCGGCGUCGUCCUCUGCGUUUCGGAUCGGCGUUCCUAACCGACGUCUCGUUCAUCGCAACUGGAUCCGACGCGUCCCUAUCCGCGGCAACCGGCAUCGGGCACGCGCUGGGUCCACGGAUGAGGACGAUGGGUGGAGUUUCCUCGGCGGAGGUGGAUCCGUGUCCAAGUCGCAGGACGAGGCGCUGGAGCAGGACGGUUGGGUGUCUUACGACCCGGAGCCCGAUCCUUCGACUAGCGGGGAGUGGGAGACGGAUUCGCGGGGCAAGGUGGUGUACUAUGCGAGGGGGUACUACUACGACGCGGUCAGGGAGACGGACAUCGGGGAGCGUGUGAAAGUGGAGGUUGGCCUGGUCGACAAGCGCGUCAAGCGCACGUUCUUCCUGCCAAAGACCCUGUCCAACGGAGAGUCCGACAUCGUGGAGGUGACGAUGGAGCGACCCUUGGGGAUCGUAUUCGAGCCGGACACCGAGGGCAGGGUGAGGGUGGCGGACUUUGUGGCCGGUUCUCGCGCGGGUCGAGCGGCUGCCGUGGCGUCCCUGUCUCCGGCUGGCGCGCAGGCGGCCAGCAGGGGCGACGUGUUGAGGGCGUUCACCGCGUCCACCGUAUCGUUCGGACCCAGGGCACAGCUCCUGGGAGAUCUCUCAGGGAGUAAACGCGCGGUGGUGCUCUUCGGAGCCGAUGGUCAGUCGUGGACAAAGACCACGUCGGCGCUGACGUCGGGGCUCGUCGCAGACGGACCCGUCACGCUGCUCUUGGAGCGGGACAGGGACCCGGAGCGCGCCAAGGCGUGGACGCCGGAGGAACUCCCGCAGGACGACCCGCGCGUGCCGCAAAAGGCUCAACCCCGGGGUGCCAAGGCGCCCGGUAGUUCCCCCAAAACGGCGGGGUCCGGGACGAGGAGGACGGUUGAGGAAGAGAGCGACGUGCCAGACGCGAUCAACUACGCCUUUCUCACCGCUUUCGUGAGCUUCAUCUUACUCAUUUUGGCCGGGUUCAACCCGUGA